AGCUAUUUGGCCGGGAAUCUUGCGAGUAAUCUUCUAAAUGCUCAAUUCAUCCGUUUAUGUCCAAAAGCAAAGUUUUUACUCCGUAGUAUCUAUCCAGAAUUCAAGAUUCAUGGACGCUCGAAAUUCCCCAAAUGCCCAGCCCGGCGGUGGCCGGAUCAAACUCAACGUCGGCGGUAAGCUCUUCGAGACCACUAUCUCAACGCUAGAGUCCGGCGGUCCGGACUCUCUUUUAUCUGCCUUAUCCAACCGGCCUUAUCAUGACCCGGUCUUCAUCGACCGUGACCCGGAAAUCUUCUCCGCCCUUCUCUCCCUCCUCCGGACCAACCGCCUCCCCUCCACCGCGAGACGGUUCUCCAACCAGGAGCUCAUUGACGAGGCCGCCUAUUACGGCAUCGAAAUGCAACUCCAAUCGGCUCUGGCUCCGAUCCCCCUUAGCGGCAUUGAUGCCUCCCUGUUCACCACCAUAAGACCUUCCACGGACGGAAUCGUGUCCGACUUCAACGCCAUUGAUUCCGAUGGAUCGGUUUGGGUUGCUCACGGCGGUCAGGUCUCGAUCUUCGAUUGGAGUUUGAGUCACUCGGGAACUGUACGGACGCAUCUGGAUUAUAUCAGCUCCAUUCGUAUGGUUCGCCCGGAUAUCGCUGCAAUCGGGUCGGAAUUCGAUUCAGGACUUCAUUUCUAUAGCUUGGCGAACGGGCGCCGGAUCGGGUCGACUGAGUGGAGUGACCCGUCUGACCCGAGAAUUUACAAGGGUCGGGUCAACGCCAUAGCCGACUGUGCUGACUCUGUUUACGCUUCCUUUGAGGUCAACCACAAAGAGAAUUGCAUCCUCGCGGUCGACAAGUCCACAAUGAAAGUAACUUCGGAGCUGGGAAGACAACCUGGAAACUCGGCCAAAACGGCCGUCAUCGGAAAGAUGACAUACGUACCGGAGAUCGGUGUUUUAGUCGGAAGUUCCAUAUCUGCCAGCGGGUUCGGAUAUUCCGGAUAUGUCCGGUUAUGGGACCCGAGGUCGGGGCAGGUUGUUUGGGAGACCAACGAACCGGGUUCGGGGCGCAGCAGCAGAUUUGGCGACCCAUUCGCCGACGUGGGUGUCAACCCAGACGAUCUAACUCUGUUCAAACUGUGCUCGAAGUCCGGCGACUUGGCCGCGGCAGACCUCCGGAAACUGACCGAAGACCCGUGGGUUUAUCUGAAAGAGAAGAACCCGAGUCUGAGAUGUACAGAAAAUGGGGGCGGGAAUGGUUUCUUGAUUCAUUGUUACAGGAAACAAGUGUUUGUGGGGAGAGGGGGAGAACUGGAGGUAUGGUCAAGAAUGGAAGAAGCCGAGAAUGGAGUUCUCUGUGAGGGAAUGUACAGGAGAAACUACGUUGAUAAAGCAGGGGAUUCGGAAAGAGGGAUAAUCAAGAAGAUUGAGGGUGGCGGAGACAGGCUUUUCGUUACAAGAGAAGAUACAGAGGGGAUUGAGGUGUGGCAAAGUUCCCAUUCUUCUGGGGCGGUAAUGGCUUCCUGAAUCAAGGCGAACUUUUGCUGAAAAUGGAUUUUGCCUUCUUCUCCAUCAUAAUCCCAUAAUAGUUUGCUGAUUAUUGAUGGUAAUGCAGAGCAAAUUCUUUAACAAGCUGGUGCUGUACUUCGGACUUUGGUCUAGGGGGUAAGCAUGGUUGAGUUGGGGACAGGAUUUACCUGAAAUAUCAGUUUGGGCCUUUGGGGUGAUUAGUGAUUGUUUGGUAAUAUAUGUAUUUAUUUUACAUUUAAUAAUGUAACGAAACUCUU